AGAGAGCACUGAGCAUCGCAGGGAGAAAAUGGAGGAAGGAAAGGGACCAGUGAAGCAUGUUCUGCUUGCAAAGUUCAAAGAUGACGUAACAGAAGAGAAGAUCGAUGAACUUAUCAAAGGUUACGCCAACCUUGUCAAUCUCAUCGAACCUAUGAAAGCUUUCCAAUGGGGAAAAGAUGUGAGCAUAGAGAAUCUGCAUCAAGGUUUCACACACAUCUUUGAAUCGAGUUUUGAGAGCAAAGAAGCUGUAGCUGAGUACGUUCAUCAUCCUAUUCACGUUGAGUUCGCCAACAUGUUCCUUGGCAGCUUGGAUAAAGUCUUGGUCAUAGACUACAAGCCUACCUCUGUGUAAAUCAUCAUCUUGCAGCAGCAAAGUUUCAUUGUCUUUUGAUCCUUUUUUUUUAAUUGGCUCUGUGUAUGCCUCUUGUGUGUCAUGUUUGAAAUAAAGUAUUAUUCCUUUUGAGUAAUGAUGUUGUUUCUGUUCAUUUCUUUCUUGAAUCAGCGAUGUGUGUAAAACGAUCAUGAGUUUAUUUACUUGAUAAUGGAAGUGUUUCAUUUGGAGUGUA